AGCAGUAAAAGACACAAAAAGAAGCCAGCAAAUGACGAGUUCACAGCAGACAGAAGAUGUAUUUCCGUCGCUCCCUCAACCUGUACCUCUGCCUCGACCACCAACAUCAAUUGCAGGACCAUUUCCUCCCGCUAACCAACCUGGUGAUGAUUUCUUGGCAUACGGAGUGAAAAUUUAUCGAGCAGCACUUAAAGGUGACUGGUUAGAAAUAGAAAGGGUAGCCCGUGUAUCUCCUACAUGGAUUCACUCAAAGAUCACAAAAGGUGGGGAAACAGUUCUUCACAUAGCAGCAGCAGCCAAGCAUCUCCAUCUUGUUAAGAAGCUAGUUAAUAUUAUGGAUGCAGAUUCUCUAGCUUUAACUAACAAACUUGGAAACACAGCUCUCUGCUUCGCUGCUGUUUCCGGGGUGGUUCAUAUUGCACAAUUGAUGGUAGAAAAAAACAAAAGACUGCCAAACAUCAGAGGCAGUCAAAAUAUGACUCCACUCCAAAUGGCAGUCUUGCUAGGUCAUCAGCAUAUGGUGUGGUACCUUCUUCAAGUCACCGACCAUCAACAGAUGACAGACCAGGAUCGAAUAGGGUUGCUUACCAGCUCAAUUGACACCGAUAUGUUCGAUGUGGCAUUGCAAAUUCUAAGCAACCACCGCAACUUGGCCCUUCUUCGGGAUGCAAAGAAAGAGACCGCAUUACAUGCAUUGGCUCGAAAACCCUUAAAGCCAGCUGAUGGAAAACUGAAUGUUAGGUUCUCAUUGCAAUGGACCGCUAUAGAUCAAGGUAAAAACAUGGAGCCACAACUUGCAAUUGACCUAAUACAGAGCCUUUGGGAUGAAGUCAUCAGACAGAAGGAAGAGGAUAUAUCUGCACUGAUUGGCUACCCAUGGCGGUUACUGUUUGUUGCAGCUAAGUUGGGGAAGGUCGAAUUCUUAAAGACACUGAUCCAAUCUUAUCCUGACCUUAUAUGGAAGGUAGAUGAAAACAGGUAUACUAUUUUCCAUAUAGCAGUAAAGCACCGCCAAGAGGAGAUAUUCAAACUUAUAUAUGAAAUUGGAGCAAUCAAAGACUUGAUAGCUACUUACAAAGAUGAUAAUGGAAAUAACAUGUUGCAUUUGGCUAGUAAGUUGGCACCUGCUCAUAGGCUAAAUUGUGUGUCUGGGGCAACUUUGCAAAUGCAACGAGAGCUUUUGUGGUUCAAGGCAGUGAAGAGGAUAGUGAGGCCUGAGUACAUUGAAGCUGAAAAUAAUGAUCAUAAAACACCUCAUGCGUUGUUUAGUGAAGAGCAUGAAAGAUUAAGGACAAAAGGGGAGGAUUGGAUGAAGAAAACAGCAGAAUCAUGUGCUCUAGUUGCAACUCUAAUUGCUACCAUGGUGUUCACUGCAGCCUUCCAAUUACCUGGAGGAGUUAACGAAAAAGGAUAUCCAGUCCUACAAAAAAGGGGUUGUUUUGUGGUUUUCUCAGUGUCAAACGGAGUAUCGUUGUUCACCUCUACUGCUUCAAUAUUGAUCUUCUUAUCAAUCCUUACUUCAAGAUACGCAGAGAGUGACUUCCUUGUAUCAUUGCCAAUGAAACUCAUGAGCGGGCUUAUUUUGCUGCUCAUUUCAAUAGCAACCAUGAUAGUGGCCUUCACUGCUACAUUCUUCAUCACUUUCCGAGAAGGGGUACAAUGGGCUCCUACUCUAAUUGCCGUAAUUGCUUCAAUACCCGUCACCCUUUUUGCCUUACAGCAGUACCCCCUUUUGCUGGACAUAUACCAGUCAACCUACAAGUCACAUCAAUCUCUAUUUCAAUCAAGUGAAUUAAAGCUUUUUGAGACUACUACUACAAAGACAACAAACUACCUCACUCUUCGCCAAUGUCCAGCCUCUUUACUCCAUGAGCAAGCUCUAACGACAACAUCCAAAAGCCUCUCUUCAAAUGAUCAGACAGCCUCUUCUGCUUCUGAUGGAUCUCACUCAAGCUAUAGAAAACAUCCAACACCCUCACAGAUAACAAAUCCCAUUGCAUCGGAACAGGGUUCUCCUCACAUAAAUAAAUUUCAGGCUAAUUUGCGGUCCCAAUCGCACUGAUGACGGAAAAAGUGACAUCUCAUGAAUCUCCAAACGGUCUUCACGGCAAUUCAUGAGCAUUGUGGCCUUGAAUUUUUUAUGUUUUUUUUCAGAACUCGUCCUUAUGACAUUCAAGAUUUAUGUAAAAUCAUCCUUUGAAUAGCCUUUUUUUAAUUAAGAAAAAUAAUAAAAAGUUAAAAAAAAAAUCAAAAUUAGCCCUUGUCUAGUUAUCUUAUCCAUAUACUAUAGACUUAAUUAUGUAAUUAUUGUUCACAUGACCUCAUACAUAGCACUUGCCACUUCGCAAUGACAUGGCAACAUGUACUGCUAAAUAAAUUUUAAUUAAAUCAAGACAGAACCAACAAAUGGUGUUCUUUUAGGACUCACCACUUUUUUUCCACCCAUUGAGACAUGUGGUUGACAAUCUGGCCAUUUAACUCAACAAUAACCCACCAGAGCAAAUGGUACAUGUAAUUUUCCUAAAACUUAGGUCCUUAAAUUGAAUUGCAAAACUUACUCCCAUCCAAACAAUUUGUAAAAAAAGCUUGAAAGAAAACCAAGAACAUAGAGAAAACAACAGUGGUGGAAAUCUAAAUCAACCACUAUGAUUGAACCGCAAUACAAAAUACACCUUCUUAAAUUGCAUUUGCGACAACACCAUUAUUUUCAUCAAACACCUUAAGUCCUUAACUUCUUCCCUCUCCUCCACCACCAAUCAUCCUUGUAACACCGCCAUAUCGUUGUAUCAUCUCUCAUUCCAACAAACUCUCCCUACCAUGUACAUAGGCGGCUAUUCCACCUCUUUCACAGGGGUAGCUAGAGCUGUCAAUUCAGGUAUUCAAGUCGGGUUCCGGUCGGGUCAAAUCAGGUCUCAGUUCAAAUCAGGAUCAGGUUGUGUCGGGUCAUUCUAGCCUUAGAUUAGGUUCAGGUUCAGAUCGGGUAAAUUUUGGUUCAGGUUAUUCCAAGUCGUUCAUCCUUUCGGGUGUAGGUCAGGUUCAGGUUGUAUUGAGUCGGGUUUGGUCGAGUUAAUAGAUGGUACAUUCGGGUUCGGGUUAAGGUUGGGUCAGAUAAUUUUUUGGUCGGAUAAUCUUAAAGUUGGAUCAUUCUUGGUUUUGGUUUAAGUUCAAUUCGAAUAAAUUCGAUGUGGUCAAGUUAACUUAUUUAAUUACGCUCAACAUAAUCUAUUCAAGCAUUAUCAAGAUUUUAUUACACCUAUAUACGAAGUAAUAAAGAACAAAAGGUAUAUAAAAUUUUAUUAAACCGUCCAUGACUCGCUUCAAUAACAGGUUGUGUUGGGUUAUAAACAUUUUAAGGUUCUAAUAAGGUCGGGAACUAGUUCGGGUUCGGAUUGUUGUCACGUCGGAUAAAUAGGUUAGACUGUUACUAUUGGGUCGGGUGCGGGUUCGGAUUCAGGUCAUAAAGUAUUGGAUAAAAUUAUUCGUCGGUUAACCAGGUCGUGUUACAGGUCACUAGUUUCACCCCAUUGUUCGGGUACACGUCAUAUCAUUAUCGGUUCAGGUCGGGUCAAUUUUUGACAGCUCUAGGGGUAGCUUCUAAAAGUCCUCCCUAGUGAAGAGAUCAAGGUUGCAUAUAGGAAAUAGGUUAGAGUUCUUCAUCCUGAUAUUGUUCUUGUCACGUCUAAAGAAUUAAAAAAUGUCACAUCAUCAAUUGAUAAGUUUAUCACGGUUCAUGAGGUUUAUGUACAUUGUCGAAUCCUAAGAAGAGGGUUGACUUUGAUCGGAUGAUAUGGCUUCAAGGUUGUCGUUAUUACGAGAAGAAAUCAAAGGUUUUAAUGGGUUUGUUUUAUUAAUUUGAAGAAGUGGGAAUUGCAUAAUUUAUUGCAGAGUUAACAAGGUGAGAGAAAGAGAGAUUGAAGAAGAUGACGAAUUGAUGAGAGGUUGGAUUUGGGAGAAGAAGACGGGGUCUGCAGUAGUAUCAUCAAGAGAAACCUCAAUAAAAAAAAAUUAAAAAAAAAAAAAAAAAAACAAAACAAAACCCCAUGUAAAAGGGUUCUCUUGAUAAUGGGGUUUUGUUGUAUAAGCAAUGAUUAAUAUGGGAUCUGCAACAGUAUUCAUGGAUUUGAAGCAGAAAUUAAUGGUUUUUUUUUUUCUAAAAAAAAUUGGAAUGAAAGGGACUACACAUUUUUAAAACGACUGAGUUUUUAACUCACCUUUCGUAUGGUUUUGGAUGGAAACAAGGGUUAGAUCCCAAAAGUUGAAAAAUGAUAAAUGUUAACAUGUUAGGUCAUCCCAAUCUUAUACUUAACUCCUCGAAACCCACAUAUAAACUAGGCCUGUACAAAACAAUUCGAGAAUCCGAAAAUUCGAUCCGCAACCGAUCCGAAUUUUAGGAUAUCCUAUCCGAUCCGAGUUUUCGUUUCGGAUCGGACAGAUAUCCGAAUUGAUAUCCAAUAAUUUAAAAGGUAAAUAAUUAAAUUAGAUAUAGUAUAUUUUUUUUUAAAAAAAAAUAUUCUUAAAACAAAUUAAUAAUCAGACAACUACACAACCUAUUCACCUUACUCACUUUCUCUCACUAAAUUCCUAAGAACCCUAAAUUCCUCCCUUUCUCUCUCUACGCUCCACCGCUCAAGGCCUCAAGCUUCCACCCUACCCCACCGCCACGGCGCCACUUGCCACCUCAAGCUCAGCCGCUCAAAAUCUCCUUCAGUCCAUCUCCGCCUCUUCGGUUAAUGGAUGAAACCUUUGAUAUGACGAGUGAGAAUGUCACUCCUUUGAAUGAGGAAGGUGCACAAAUUCCAAAAAAUCAAACUCCACAAUCUGAGACAGAAGUUCCUAAUCCAAAUAAAAGACCAAACGAAGAAGUUGCUCCAAGUAAAGGUAAAAAAAACGAUCUUGGCUUUGGGAACAUUUUGAGAAGUUCAAUAAAAAUGGAGUUGAAAGAUCAAAAUGCUUGUAUUGUAAAAUUGGUGUUUCUGGUAGCUCUAGACUUAGCACAUCUAUUAUGAAAAAUCACCUUAACAUUUGUAAAGAAUACCCCCCUAACAUUGAUAAGUCACAAAGAAAACUUUUUUUACAAAGUGGAAAAUGUGGUGGGGGAAAAGAAAGGGAAGUUAGAGUUGUGGAACUUUAAGCAAGAUGAUGAUCGUAAAGCUUUUGCAAGAAUGGUAAUAAUGGAUGAAUUGCCAUUUAGGUUUUCCGAGCGUGAGGAUCUUCGUUACUUUAUGUCGGUUGUCCAACCAAACUUUCUCAUUCCAUCUCGAAUUACUGUGACUAGGGAUUAUUAUCGUGUCUACAUAGAUGAAAAGAAAAAUCUAAAAAAAAAUUUAGUAAGUGUUCUUCACAUAUUUGUCUCACCACUAACACACGGACAUCUUGUCAAAAUUUGAGUUAUAUGUGUUUAUCAGCCCACUUAAUUGGUCAGAAUUGGAAACUACAUAAAAAAAAUUUUGAACUUUUAUCCAAUUAGUGGUCAUUCCGGAGAAGUUAUUGAUAAAGAAGUUGAGAAACGAUUGCUUGAGUGGGGCAAGCGUAACAGUAGACAAUGCUAGCUCAAAUGAUGUAAGACAUCAAUAUUUAAAAAGGAGGUUUCAAAGGUGGAAAGAUAGUACUGUUUUGAAUGGUAGGUUUGUGCAUACGUGUUGUGCAGCUCAUAUUCUCAAUCUUACUGUGAAGGAGGGUUUGAAAGAAACGGAUAACUCAAUAAAAAGAAUUCGUAAUGGUGUGAGGUUUGUAAGAUCUUCUCCGGCAAGAAUGCAAAAUUUUAAAAAUUGUGUAAAUCAAGAGCAAAUCGAGUCAAAACGUAAACUUUGUCUAGAUGUUGAUACUAGAUGGAACACCACUUACUUGAUGUUAGAUUAUGCCUUGAUUUAUCGUAAAGCAUUUGAUUUGCUUGAAACUUGUGAUGGUGGUAAAUUUAGAACCGAGUUGUCAAAGACUUGUGGUGUUCUCGAAGAUGAAGAUUGGGACCGUGUUGCUUCUUUAAAACCAUUUCUUAAAAAAUUUUAUGAUGCCGCUCUUAGACUUUCUGGUUCUUUGUUUGUUACCUCUAAUACGUACUUGCAAGAGCUUGUGACAAUCAAUAGAACGAUUAAGAGAAGGUGUGAUUCUCAUGAUCAUAAUGAGAAAAUGAUGCCUUAUGGGAUGAAGGCAAAGCAUGAUAAGUAUUGGGAAAAUAUAGAUAGUAUCAAUUUGAUGUUGUAUAUUGCUGUUGUGCUUGAUGCUAGGCGUAAGUUGGAUUAUGUUAAGUGGGCAAUUGAUGAUCAAUAUGAUUCGGAUAAAGCUAGGGAGUUGUAUGGUACGAUUAAGGAGACUUUGACUUCUUUAUAUGAUGAGCAUUAUGCCACACAACAAUCUGAAAAUCAGUCCACCACUUCUUUGUAGAUGAUUUGUCUUCACAAGAUUUGGAAAACUAUGAUGAGCAUGAUAUGACAAUUUAUGAAUUUGAGAGAGAUGUUGGUGCACAAAGUGUUGUUCAAAAGAAGAGUGAUUUAAACAAGUACUUAGAGAUGAGAGAGAGCCACAUGUCAUUGGAAAGAGUUUAAAUGCAUUAGAGUGGUGGAAAAAACGCGAGGAAAGCUAUCCCAUAGUCUCUCUUAUGGCUAGAGAUGUAUUAGCCAUUCCCGUGUCCACUGUAGCUUCAGAAUCUGCAUUUAGCAUCGGUGGUCGCGUGCUUGAUCCAUUUCGUAGUUCUCUCUCACCAACAAUGGUAGAAGCUUUAAUUUGUGCACAAGAUUGGUUGCAAAUGACAAAUGAACCACUUGUGGUCGAAGAGCGUAUUGAAGAUCUAGAGAAGAUUGAAGAAGGUAAUAUAUUUUUUCUUUAUAUGAUUUCAAGUAUAAUUUAUUUUCUUUAUUUUAGCCUUAAGUUAAAUGAUAACUAUUAACCUUUUUUUGUUUUUUUUUUUUUGGGUUUCGAUUGUUGAUGACUACAUUUGAGGCAUUCAUUUGAGGGGUAUUAUUGGUACUGUUUUUUUCUCUUCUUUUUUUUUUUUUUUUUUUUUUUUUUUUU